UGUAGAGCCUGCAGCACGGGACACCAUGUUCAAGUUGGUGUGCAUCACCCUGCUCCUGGGCUAUGCCUACGGUUGUGGCGUGCCUGCCUUCCCACCCAUUGCCUCUCGAGUGGUAGGAGGUGAAGAUGCCAGACCCCACAGCUGGCCUUGGCAGAUUUCCCUCCAGGUUUUCACCACAAGAGGAUGGAGGCACACAUGUGGUGGGACCCUCAUUGCUACCAACUGGGUGCUGACUGCAGCCCACUGCAUUGACAGAAACAGAGACUACCUCGUUUACCUGGGGAAACACAACCUGAGUACACCUGAACCCGGCUCUUUGGCUAUUAUGCCAGAGAAAAUCAUUGUGAAGGAGGACUGGGACCCCCGCAGCACCACCAAUGACCUUGCCCUGCUUAAGCUGCCUCGGCCGUUGAAGCUGAGUGACAAAAUCCAGCCAGCCUGCCUGCCGCCACCAGGCUACGUCCUGCCUAACCGCUUCCCCUGCUUUAUCACUGGAUGGGGGCAAAUCAGCACUGGUGGACCCCUCCCGAGCAUCCUCCAGGAGGCAGUGAUGCCCGUCGUGAAUUAUGCCACAUGCUCUCGGCCAAACUGGUGGGGCAACAUCGUCAAGACUACCAUGAUCUGUGCAGGAGGAGACGGAGAAGUUUCUGGGUGCAAUGGGGAUUCCGGUGGCCCCUUGAUCUGCCGUCGUGGCAGGGUAUGGGAGGUGCACGGCAUCACGAGCUUUGUGUCUAGGCUGGGCUGCAAUGUUUUUGAGAAGCCGACCGUCUUCACUCGGGUUUCUGCCUACGCUGACUGGAUACGAAAGACGAUGCGGAUGCAAAGGGAUUCUGCUCGUAAUGAAACUUAUAAUCCCGUAACAGCCUAAUAACCCCUCUCAUCAGAACUUCCUUGGGUUCAGCUCUGCUUCCAUGGUGUCUCUCGCGCAGUUAUUCAGUUCUGGAGGCCAGAUUUCCACCUGGUGUAAACAUGCUUUGUGCCAUCAACUUGAACUGAUUUACAACAACGUGGGAUCUGUCCCAGGUUCAUGGUCUUUUUUCCAUCCUUGCUUGCCAUGUAAAUCUACUGAAGGAAAUAAACUGAGACUGAACUCUAGAA